AUGGUGUCGACUCGCGUUACUCGUCCUCGUUUCAACGAAGGUGAUUAUGUUCUUUGUUAUGAACCAGAUCCGACAAAGAGCAACGUGCUGUAUAAUGCCAAGGUCGUUCAGUUUGAAGUUCGACGGGACGAGAAGGGCAGACGAGUGCCUCUCUAUUAUGUUCACUUUCAUGGAUGGAGCAGAUCAUGGGAUCGCUGGGUUGAUGAGCACUUGAUAGUUGAAAACACUCCGGAAAAUCGAGAGCUUCAAGAGAAACUGAAGAAUGAAUCAAUGAAGCAAGGAUCUAGGAAGAGAAGCAGUGUUGGUACAUCGGACACUUCAGUGAGCAAGAAGACCACCACAGAUGCUAGAAAGGCAGCAGCGGAUACAACUUCUCUUCAUGAUGUUGUCAAGCACAGUGAGAUGAAAAAGCAACCGCCAGUCGAAGGGAAGCGCUUGAGUCAUCAAGAGGAGGUGAAGAAGGUGAUGGAUGAGAAACACAGCCAGGAUGAUCAUUCUCUCACCUGUGAGUUUCCUGCCAACCUAAAGGAUGCUCUUGAGUCAGACUGUUUUCUGAUAUGCAGACAAUCAAAGUUGGUAAGACUGCCAAGAGAGCCUACAAUUGCUGCUAUAUUGCAGGAGUAUGUGGAGUCAUGUCGACAUGAUACGUUAGUUAUCAAUGAUGGAAUUCUCAAUCUAAUCGAGGAAGUCGUCGGCGGAAUAAAAACCUACAUUGAUUGGUAUCUUCCCUCCCAACUUCUCUACACAGCCGAACGCAUCCAAUGUCAACACGUCCAACAACAAUACUCACAACAACUCACAUCCAGCCCCGUCUCCAUGCAAGCAGCUGUCGCAUCAACCCAAGCCGAUCACUCGUACAUCAGCCCCAACUGCUCGUUCAACAUCGACUGUGAUCCUCUUAUCAUGUCGAGCUCGAAAGACGACGAACUUCUAGAGAGUGAUGAGGACAUUGAUAUUAUGGGUAUUAGUCCACUUGACUCCAGUACGCCACUGAAAGCCAAUAAGGAGGCCAUGAAGAUGUUGAGUGAAAAGCAGACGUUUGAGGGUCUUAUGGACAAGCCAACGUUGUUUGUUCACAUCUACGGCAUUGAGCACCUUCUCAGACUGUUUGUUCGUUUACCAUAUUUCUUGUCUCACACGGAGAUACCGCCGGCUCAUUAUGCUGCUCUGCAUCAAGAGAUGGAUCGGCUAUUGCUAUAUUUGUCGGACAAUUACGAUCGAUUUUGUUCUCGAGACUACAUCACACAAUCAUAUUACACAAGAGACACCCAUUUCACAUAGCAAGAAAUUAACAUAAUAUAUAACUAAAUAUAUAAUUAAUU